AAAGAUUUUCGUUCUGGACUCUCUGCUGGUACGCUGGAUCGCUCCGUCGCAGCGUGGCUUUCUCCAUUCCUCCACUCACCUCCAGGAAUUCAUCCCUAGCGCCGUGAAUGGCUUGCUUCCCCAGUGGGUUCCCCAAGUUGGGGAAACCUCCUCCGCCAUGUGUUGGUUCGUCUUGUGCGUCUGAUCGGACGACUCUAUUGCCAGUGAAAGGGGUGACUAGCUCAGAUCAACGGGGAGUCCUGGCUCCACUCGACAGGGAACGACGUAGUAACGUAAUAACCACGAGGCGUAGAGUUUGAUUCUUUCAACGCGUCUGAAUACAUAAAGAGCGGGCAGAGAAUGCAUCGCCGAAUUUAUCCCAAGCACCCGGUCACUUGAGGCAAGGAGCUGAGGCUAUUCGAACAGUCGCAUAGAGAACUCUAAAGUCACCCUUCCGUGAUGGCGCCCAAUCGAAUCCUUAAACACUUCAAUGGCACCCUAGCUGCGGCCUUUACGGUAAUCGCCGUCUCGACCUUCAACUAUGGCUUCGACAAUGCCGGCUACUCAACAACCCAGGCGAUGGACGCGUUCCAGCGCCAGUUCGGCGACCAGAACCCCACGACUGGAAAGUGGAAGCUUCCCACCGGGUGGCUCGCCCUCUUCAACAGUCUCAACUACAUCGGCUUCGCGGCCGGCGUCAUCAUCGGUAGUCUCGUCAGUGCUCGCUGGGGUCGCCGGUGGUGCAUGUUUGGAAUGAGUGCGUGGGCUGUAAUCCCUGCAACAAUCGCGAUUACUUCAAGCACCCGAGAGCAGAUCAUGGCCGCCCGCAUUCUCAACUACAUCUACGUUGGCAUGGAACUCGCUGUGGUUCCGGUGUAUCAGUCUGAGAUUGUUCCUUCAGAGAUUCGUGGAUUUGCAGUCGGCUCUUACCAAUUUAGUCUGAUGUUUGGUACUCUGAUUGUCAACUCUAUCUGCCGAGGGACUAGCACCCUUGACGGCAAUGCAUCUUGGCGGAUCCCAAUGGGCUUGUUCUACGUUAUUCCUGUCAUAGUCAUGGGCCUGAUCUUCUUCAUCCCCGAGUCACCUCGCUGGCUGUUGACCCAGGACAGAGUCGAAGAAGCCCAAAUUUCUUUAAGGAAACUCCGAGCCGGUACCAUCCCCGACUCCGAGAUCGAUGAACAGUUCGCCGCCCUCCAGUACGCAUUGAAACAGGAAGUCGAACAAGGGAACUAUAUGGAGCUCUUCAAGGGUGUCAACUUGAAGAGAACCGGUAUCGUGAUGGCCAUGAAUUUCUUCCAGCAAGCUACCGGGCAGGCUUUUGCUUCUACCUACGGUGCAAUCUUCAUCAAGGACAUCGGCACGGUUAACCCCUUUACCAUGACUAUCAUUAACGCCGUCGUGAACCUUUGCAUGGUCUUCGUCGGACUGUAUCUGAAUGAUCGCGUAGGACGUCGACCUCUUCUCUUGAUCGGCGCAGUCUGGCAAUUUGCCGCCAUUGUGACCAUGGGCUCCCUGGGUACAGUGGCCGACCCAUCAUUCGCCGUCAAGACGAGCAUCGUGGCUAUGCUGACAAUCUUUGCCGCCGGCUACGUCUUUGCAUGGGCGCCUCUCAACUACGUUGUCACCACCGAGAUUCCGGCCCUCCGGCUGCGUGACGCCUCCCAACGAACGGCGUCAAUGGUCAACGUCUUGGCCAACUUCCUCGUCAACUUUAGCAUCCCGUACCUUCUCUACACUCCAGGCGCAGGGUUAGGUUCGAAAGUCGGUUUCAUCUUUGCGGGAAUCCUGGUGUUGGCGCUUGUCUUUACGUGGUUCUGCAUCCCCGAAUGCAAGGGCAAGUCUCUCGAACAGAUCGACCGGAUGUUCAACGAAGGGGUCCCGCUGCGCAAAUUCGGCAAGUACAAGGCGGAGGACAUGUUUCAGGCUUCGCCCGAGGACGGUGAAAAGGCCGGGGUCGUUGUGACCGCAAGGCACACGGAGAAGGCGUAACGCGGAAGGCCUAUGGUGUUAUACACAACGGUCACUAGAUAGUAUCAGUUCAUAGAUCGAGAGCGAAACUCAGGGGUCAACAUAUGGCACGUUGC